CAGCGCAAGCUAAGAGGCGUGGCCACGCUGCUCCUGAGAGGGAUGAAGGCUAGCUGUGUAGCAGCGAUAAAAAGAGACGACACGAAGCUCAGAAAUUCUGUGAAAUGUUUGUACCAUGAAGAAACAACCGUGAGGUGUUUUUAAUCGCGGUGAAAUGAACCGAAUACUGAGCAGCAGGGCGACUUUAAAGGCUGUUUGUUCAGCCAAACCGGAGCUGCUAAUAAAGGGCGGUGCUAGCAGACACCUCCACAGCUCGUACGAUGUGGCCGUCGUCGGUGCUGGGAUCGUGGGCCUGGCCUCGGCCAGGGAGCUCAUUCUGCGGCACCCUUCGCUCAGCUUCGUCCUGCUGGAGAAGGAAGAACAACUCGCGACACACCAGAGCGGCCAUAACAGCGGCGUUGUCCACAGCGGGAUCUACUACACCCCGGGCUCCCUGAAGGCUCGGCUGUGCGUACGAGGAGCUACGUUGGCGUACGAGUACUGCGAGAAGAAACGAGUCCCUUACAAGAGAUGUGGGAAGCUAAUCGUCGCUGUGGAGCAGGAGGAGAUUCCCAGACUGAAAGCGCUGCAUGACCGCGGCACCAAGAACAACGUGCGCGACCUCAGCCUCGUGGACGCCAAGGGGAUCAGAGAGCGAGAGCCCUACUGCAGGGGAAUUCUGGCCUUGGACUCGCCCAACACCGGCAUCGUGGACUGGAGGGCGGUGGCUCUCAGCUUCGGUGCAGACUUCGAGGAGGCAGGUGGCACAGUGGUUACUGAAUACGAGGUCAGCAACAUUUCCACAGCCAAGGAAAGCCCAGCCGGGAGCACUGAAGGAAUGAAAUAUCCCAUUUCGAUCAGAGAUAAAAAGGGUAACGAGGUGCGGUGCAGGUAUGUCCUGACCUGCGGGGGCCUGUAUUCAGACCGGCUGUCGCAGAUCUCUGGAUGCAGCCCGGAGCCGAGGAUCGUCCCUUUUAGAGGAGACUAUCUGGUCCUGAAGCCAGAGAAGCGCUUCCUGGUCAGAGGAAACAUCUACCCUGUUCCUGACCCCCGCUUCCCAUUCCUUGGAGUUCACUUCACCCCACGGAUGGACGGGGGCGUUUGGCUCGGCCCCAACGCCGUCCUCGCCUUCAAAAGAGAAGGCUACAAAACGUGCGACUUCAACGCUCGGGACUUUGCAGAUGCGCUCUCCUUCAGAGGCCUUCAGAAGCUCGUACUGAGGAAUCUAACUUACGGCGUUGGAGAAAUGUACAGAGGCGUCUUCAUCGGCGCACAAAUCAAAAUCCUGCAGAAGUAUAUCCCUGAGCUCUCGCUAAACGACGUCCUCAGGGGUCCUGCAGGAGUUCGAGCUCAGGCCCUCGAUCGUGACGGAAACCUCGUGGAUGACUUCGUGUUCGAUGGGGGCGUUGGAGACGUGGGCGGCCGGGUGCUCCACGUGCGUAACGCUCCCUCGCCGGCAGCCACCUCCUCUCUCGCCAUUGCUGAAAUGAUUGCAGACGAGGUGGAGGGCCGAUUCCAGCUGUGACCCCGAAAGGAAACGAGCAGGAGGUCCAAACAUCUGGACAGGUGUCACUAAAUGGAACCGUUCCAGCUGUCAGAGACGUUCUGAUGCGCGCCAGCUCUUAAUUUAUCUGAGGAUCCAAGUAUCUUUUUAAUGACGGUUGUCACUCAAGUGCCAUGUCCGGUUGCACAAACCUUUACUGCCUCACGUUGCUGUAAAAAAUCACUUUGCACUACGUUACUUUCUACAAGUAAAACCCACACUGAGCCAAGAUUAGCAAAGCAGACGGACUCCUUUGUUGGUACCUUUCUACAAUUAAACAACAACCUCUGAAUUAACCCAGAACUGGAGUUUAAACGCUUAAUGAUCGUUUGUUCAAUUUCCGUUCAGUUUGUUUAUAAAGUCACAACAGAAGUCGUCUCAGGACACUGUACAAAAACAUUCCCAUACAUAAAAAUUUAAUUGGUAGAAGUUCUCUCUCUAAGGAAGCAGCAGGUUGAGUUGAAUCUUCACUUAGUCACAGUCUCUCAUCCUGAGCAAG